CUGGUGUUACCGUGGACGAAGAGCUCUGACCACACCAGGCAGACGUCACCCACAGCCGACAGGAUCAGUCCUCCUCCCACUCCCAGCACGCUCCGGCCUCCGUUCCAGAUCAGCACGGUGAGAGCCAGCAGCAGCGUCGGUGCCGACUUGAUCCCAGCGAUGGUGACGGACGCUGGUGAGUCUGGAGUCCACAGGUUGAAGUAGAGAGCGGAGGCCAUGAAGAAAGGCAACAGGGAGAAGAACAGAGCGCAGGACUGGAGGAGGAGACACCUGUUACUAUCAUGAGGGAGAUAAAAGCCAAAAUAACAAGGGAAGAUUCGCACCACAUUUCUCCUCUGGCGCCGAUCAAAGGCAUCAGUCUCCAGGAUGUCCAUCUUUUCUGGCCCGGUUCUGGUGUCAGUGACCGCGACUAGCUCCUCGACGCGCUCAGCCACUUCUCUCGCGGCCUGUCUGACUGAACUUUAGACCGGUCCUCGUUGUCUGAUCGCUCCCUGAUAAUCGACGCCGGAGAAAUCCUGACCUUUGACCUGCUCCACAGCAAUAUAUUAGUGACAUCAGCAAGAAGUUCAAAGUUGAGGACACAGUGAGCAAAUAACACGGUUGUUGUUUCGCCUUUCAUGUUUCAUGUCAGUGAAACUAAUGGCUGAGUUUUCCCUGUUUGCACAGAGGCUUGUGGCGGAAGCAAAGGAGUUGAACCACAGACCUCAGUGUGCCGAGGGGAGAUGUGACUCAGUCAUCAGUGCCGGACCUUGGACCCGGCUCAGUGGCCGCGUGAAUCUGAGAGUGGUGCUGCGGAUUAUCAGCAGGACAUGGCAACCAGCUGCAGGAUUGGAGUCGUAGGAUUCGGUCACCUAGGGCAGUUCCUGGUGCGGAAGAUCCUGGAAGAUGGAGCUGAAGUCGGGUUGGCGUUGGCUUUUGUCUGGAACCGAAACCCUCAGAAGCUCAGAGGUCUGGUUCCAGACCAGCAUAUUCUGGAGGAUCUUGCUUCCUUCUCAGACAGGCGCUGUGAUGUGAUCGUGGAGGUGUGUCACCCGCAAAUCGUCCGAGAGUUCGGCCUCCUCUUCCUCUCUCAGUCACACUUCAUGGUGGGCUCCCCUUCCUCUCUCUCUGACCCCGAGCUGAACCACAACCUUCGGCAGGCGGCUUGUGACCAUGGGAGGACUCUGUAUGUGCCCAGUGGGGCGCUGUGGGGGGGUCAGGACAUACAGCGGCUGAGCGACUGCGGCGGACUGAAGGCUUUGUUUAUCAGAAUGUCAAAGCAUCCAUCCUGCUUCCGGCUGACCGGAGAUGUCCUCUCAGACUGGGCAGAAGACGAGGGCAGGCGGGUUCUAUAUAGCGGCUCUGUGGCAGAGCUGUGCCCGCUCGCCCCCAACAACGUCAACACCAUGGCGGCGGCGGCAGUGGCCGCCGGGUUUCUGGGUUUCUCCGGUGUGCGGGGAGAGAUCGUGUCAGACACGGCGUUGAGAGACUACCACGUGGUGGAGGUGGAGGUGACCGGACCUGACGGGUUCUCUGUGAAGACGGUGAGGAGGAAUCCAGCCCGACUCGGAGCCGUGACGGGCAGCGCGACGUACAGCUCCUUCUGGAAUAGUUUACUCGUCUGCAAAGGUCAUGGAGGAAGAGUUUAUCUGUGCUGAAGCAGCUGAAUAUUCCUGAAACAUGGUACAAUGGUUGCCCCCCUCCCUCAGAAUAAAGAGCCAGGUAUCACCAA